CAGCUAUACAUUUAAAUCAAUAAUUUUGAGCGGGUCAAAAAAGAUAAAUCAAUUGUGACAUUUGCACAAGAACUGUGUGUCAAAGACCAAAGGUUUGUGUGUGUGUGUGUGUGUGUGUGUGUGUAAGGGGGUGUUGGUAACCCAUGCACUAUAAAAGCUCUGGCUGUGGGUCGUGUAUUUGUGUUCCCCUUUUCCUCAAGCACUUAAGCUCAACCAGAGAGAGACUGCGAGAUGCUGCUUCGUCUGAUGUUCGUGCUGAUGGCCCUGGUGCUCGCCCACGGUCUGCCUGUGGACAGGGGCGACACAGACACCUCCACCCAGCUGAUCCAGCUCAAGGCCCUGGUGGAGGACCUGAAGAACACCACUCAGGACCAAGCCCACAGAUUGAGCGUCGCAGAGAAAGAACUCAAGGAGCUGAAAGAUGUACCAAAAGUGGCCUUCACUGCGUCACUGGGUGGAAACGGAAUGGUUAAAUCUUUAUAUGGCAACAAGGCACUAAUCUACAAAGACAUCAUCACGAAUGUUGGCGAGGCAUACAACUCAGAAACAGGAAUGUUCACAGCCCCCGUGAACGGAGUGUACUACGUGCGCUUCACCGCCAACGGACCGAACGACGGCACAAUCUCCGCCGUGCUCUACAAGGGAUAUGAGCAACUUCUGAUAGUCCACGAGCAGCCCUCCGGCGAGGGGAGCGACACGGCAUCCAAUGGUGCCACUUUGCAGCUGGUGAAGGGAGAGCAGCUUCACAUGAAGCUGUGGCACAACACACAGAUCUGGGACAACUCCAACCGCCACAGCACCUUCACCGCCUUCCUGCUCUACGCCAUGUGAAGCAGAACAAGGAGAGGAAGAGAGGAAGA